AAAGUUCAAACGUAAAUGAACAAAGACCGAAACUUUUUCUAUUUUGGUAUUAAACAAAGACCGAACGGAACUCUCUGGGGACAAUUUAUAAAGACCCGGUGAAGAAUGCAUCAAUCCUGGAAAUUCUGUCUUGAAAUUUUGAAGCCCCCGAAAAUCUACUCGUUGUACGCGCCUCCCAUCAGAAGCCUCUCGUCGUUUUCCAACACUGUUCCCUCUUCCCUCGAUCAUAGAAAAGUCGGCGUUCUCCAAGUUGUCAGAGACAGAUCUCCGUUCUUGAUCAGAAGAAUGUCGGAUUCAACAUGCCCUUUGUCAGUGGAGAAGGAGAUUUUCAUUGAUGGUGGAGGAGCUCAACAGAUCCAGUUUCUUACAGGUGUAAACGACAAUUAUGAUGGCGUCACUGUAAAUUUGGAAGAUCCCAUGGAUGCCGAGGAUUUUGCCGUAAAGCUUAAGGCAUCACUUCUAAAAUGGAAGCAAGAGGGAAAGAAGGGAAUCUGGAUAAAGAUACCAAUCAGUCUUGCCAAUCUUGUUGAGGCUGCAGUUAAGGAAGGGUUCAGAUACCAUCAUGCUGAACCCGAAUACUUGAUGCUCGUAACUUGGAUCUCAGAGCGUCCCGAUACUAUCCCCGCCAAUGCUUCUCAUCGUGUAGGCAUUGGUGCUUUUGUCCUUAACCCCAAUGGAGAGGUACUUGUUGUCCAAGAGACUGGUGGUGCUUUCAGAGGGACAAAUGUGUGGAAGUUGCCUACCGGAGUUGUUAACCAGGGCGAGGAUAUCUGCGAAGCGGCGGUUAGGGAAGUUAAAGAAGAGACUGGUAUCGAUACAAAAUUUGUGGAAGUCUUAGCAUUCAGGCAGAGCCACAACUCGUUUUUCGGGAAAUCGGAUUUGUUCUUCCUUUGCGUGUUAAGAGCUUGUUCCUACGAAAUAGACAAACAAGAUUCGGAGAUCUUGGCUGCUCAGCUUACUCGUGGAGAGGCAAGAGCAAGGCCGGCAGAGACAUGGAUAGUAGUGAGGUGUUAGCCGAGGGGAGAAAAGAGAGAUGUCGACGUGUACCGAUGGUGGAGGAGGGGGCGACUAGGGACAAAUAGUGAGCCCCCUCGCACUGACCGCGGCACUGCCUCACUCACUUUCGCCUCCUCACGACACUUCCUCUUGCCCCCUUCGCCUCCUCCCUUAUCUGUCCUCCACAUUUUUUCAAAACCCUAAAUCCCUAGGGCUAUCCAUGGAUAUGGGUAAUCGGCCGACGAAAACCCAAACUUGAACCUAAAUGGUCGGGACCUCUCACUGUCAUCGAUCUCAUACUCAUCCUGCCGCUGGAUGAGUAUCCAAAAUUUUUGGAUACCACACUCACCGAGCGGGUACUCGGAAUUCCGGGUCCCGCACCCUCUCCUACCUCAAACCGAGUUUAGAACGUAACGGUUGGUUGCUUCUCCUG